UCGCUACCAUUCUGCAGUCCAUGGCCCACAUAGCAUCAGGAUCCAAACCCCACAGGUUUAUGCAGGCUCUCCAUGAGGCCAUUUCAGCUCUGAGCCUUCAACUGUUCAAUUUUUCUUUCAAAUGGAUUGCAUCAGAGUCAAAACUUGAUGCUUCAAAGGGGCAGCAGGCUGCAUUAGUUGAGGAAUUUCUCAAUAUUAAAAUUUCCACUGAAGCGCAGUUCACUGAGCAUCUGUUAGCCAGCAGACUUGAGAAAUACAAAUAUUUCAAGUUAGAGCAACUCAUCUUGAACCUCAAACCAAGUUCAACUGAGGACACAGAGAAAGGGCUACCACCAAAAGGGACUCCAAUGCAGAUGUCCCGUAUAGAGGAAGAAAUAGACCGCAUGAAUGAGUCUUUCUUGCAGCUGAGUGUGCAGCUACAGAAGAGUGCUCACAUGAGCACAUGGCAAAAGGAGAGAGAGAACAGUUCUGGGAACCAUUCUGUGGGGGCAACACGAACAAGCAUGCCAUGCCUGAGUCGCAAUGGAACAAUCCUGCUGGAGCUGAAGAGACGUUAUGUAUCUCAGCGCCUCAAUGAGCUCCAAAUCACGUUAGGCCAGAUCCAACAGUGCCAGCAGCAUGACAGCAAGUCAAAAGACAGGACAAGACGCCGUACACAAACAGACAGCAACACCACUCAGCAGGGGCACAGCGAGCAUUGUUCUGGCGUAGAUGGCUGUAGUCCCUCUGACGGCCAGCGGCAGGACAGUAUUCCAGCCAGCCAGAGUCACAGCCAGCAAACAGCAGAGAGCAAAGGUCUUGGUAGCUAUAAACCCAAGAGUCAUAUUUCUGACCAGCAGAGGAGUGACACUGUCCACAGCCCCAACCUUGACACAUUACUCAACUGCCAGAUGCAAAAGAGCCAAGAUCUGCUGUGUCUGAAUCUUCCUGGGACACAGGAAUUAAAUAGUCAGAUCACAAUUGAAAAUACAACCGGAUAUACAGAUAUUGAUGCCAUGUGGGGGGCUACUGAUCAGAAACUAGAUCUGAAUAUAGAUAAAUGAAGAUGAGAAUAUGUGUGUUGUUUUAUGUGCUUCUCUCACCUUUAUUUCUCAUUCACCUGGCCUUUCUGUUUUUUAAUGCUGUUUAUGUGUGAAUGCACCAUCUAGUAUGAUAAUAAUAAUAAUGAUAAAAAUAAUAAUGUAGUCUAUUCUAUUCUAUUUCAUGUUCAUCCUAAAAUAGCUUGUAUAGUAUUGUGUCUUGUUUGUUGACAAAUGACUUGAGUGACCUCUCUUGAUUUGCACCAGCUUGAAAACAAUUAAGCCAUGUUCUUUUUAAUUAUCUUUGAUCCUGGCCAGAAAUAAUUUCUGGCAACAAACAGUGGUGUGACACAGUCUGUCAUCCUGUCCAAACAGUUUCUCAGUCAGGAGUUAAUACUGGUUUCUAAGACAAGCUUUGUUCAUUA